AUGGCUUUAACAUCAUCUUCUCAUCAAGCUACUAUGGCCGUUGAAUUUAGGAAAAGCUUCCAUGUCAAACCCAAAACCCCAAAGUUCAGUAUUGAUCAACCGAAGCCAGUUAUUAAGCCGGUUGUUAAUUUUGAAUCUUUUAGGGUUAAUGGGUAUCAUGUGCAUCAUUUCUUCAAAUUUAAAGGGUGGAUUAACUACUUUGAUAUGCUAAAGAACCAACCUUUCCCUACUUGGUUAAAAAUUUAUGGAGAGACUAAUUGGAAUCAUAAGAAAAUUAUUCCUCAUGCAAAACUUCUCUCUGGAUUAUUUCAUAAGAGUAGGUUGAUUGAAGCUCUGAUGAAUUAUGAGCCUACGGAAGAUCUGGCAGAAUCAUAUGGGGAUGUUCUCUCUAGUUCUCUUUUGGGGAACAUGAAGUUGAUUCUGAAGCAGGAAAUGGUGCAACUUGCAAAUCCCUUAAGGGAUGAUACCCCUGAAGGACCUAAAGAAACUUUGUACAGACCUAGAAGAAAAGGAGGCAGUUUGUGCCUGAUUCUGAGAAGGAGGUGCAGAAGCCACCUAAGAAGAAGAUUGUCCUUCAAAAUGAGGUUCAAGAAAUGGUCUCCACAACUCUUAAUGCCUACCAAGACAAGGAGUAAAGAAAAUCCUCAGAAGACAACCUUUUCUGUUUUGGCUUAG